CUGAUUUGUAAUUUUGUUUCGUAUUUUACUUAGAAUUCCAGAGAAAAUGGCAGAGGCGCCUUCGUGGAGCAAAAAGGUUCUAUGCAGGUAUUUUGCUCAUGGAGUAUGCAGAGAAGGUGAUAACUGUCGCUACGCCCAUGAUUUCUCACGUCCCCCAGACUCAACAUGUCGUUACUACCUCAUGGGGACUUGUUCCUAUGGAGAUAAAUGCAGAUUUGAUCAUGAAAAACCUAAGAAGGCAUCACAUAAAUUUAACCUCAAAGCUGAUGAGAAACUGAAGUCCAAAAUGGUAACCCUAAGAAAGAAUGGAAGUUACUCCUCUGACAGUGGAUUAGGAGUGGAUGGCGGCCUUGGAGAAGAUUGGGCUAAAGCCCCUGAGUUUGUUCCUGGACAACCUUUUGCAGUACCCAGCUAUGCUGACAAAACAUCAAGUGGCCUGGAUUGUGACGUUUCACCAGAGGAAACUGAGAACAUGCUGUGUCCCUUUGCAGCUCAUGGCGAGUGCCGAUUUGGUGAUAAAUGUACAUAUCUUCAUGGUGACACAUGUGAUCUUUGUGGACAUGCAGUCCUUUUUCCUGGAGAUGAAGUGCAACAGGCCAAACAUAAAGAGGAGUGCAUCAAAGAACAUGAAGAAAACAUGGAGAGAUCAUUUGCUAUAGCCCGCAGUAAGGACAAAUCAUGUGGUAUCUGUAUGGAGGUCGUCAAAGAGAAGAAGCCAUCAACAGAGGCUCGAUUUGGUAUCCUACCCAACUGCUCUCACACAUUCUGUAUACAAUGUAUAAGGAAAUGGCGGAGUGCAAAACAAUAUGAACACAAAGUUGUCAGGUCUUGCCCGGAGUGUCGCACAAAGUCAGAUUUUGUAGUCCCAAGUCAGUACUGGGUAGAUGAUAAAAAAGAAAAAGAUCAACUUAUUGAAGGAUAUAAGGGUGCACUUAGUCAAAAGGGCUGUAAAUAUUUCAACCAAGGAAAAGGAGAAUGUCCAUUUAACGAGAAAUGUUUCUAUAAGCACGCAUAUCCAGAUGGUACCAUUGCAGAACCUACUCCACGUCGUAAACGACAUCGUCAAAACCAUGGUGGCGAUAUAGACUUAAUACAGCAAUAUCUUCUUUGGGACUUCCUAGAAGAACGUCAAAAUAGACUCAUGUUAGAAAUAGGCAUGGAUGAUGAAUUAGAUGAUAUAUUCCUUUAUGCAAAUUGGGACACUGACACAGAUUCAGACUAUUCUGAUUCCGAAGUUUAUUUAGGUCUAUAAAACAAAUUGAGUCUAUGUCGAAAACCAUUUAUCCCCUGUAAAAUGAACCAUGGUGGUCAUUUUCAGCUUCCUAUGAACGAAGAACAGAAUGCCACUUCAAUUUGAACAUCUUUGCUGUGUGAACACUUUGAACACUUUCCUGGGCAGGCAUUUUUGGUGCAAUUACUCCAUUGGUUCAAUUGUUCCAUUUCUCUGAGAUAGACUUUUCCAUCCCAAUCUUGUACACUUUUUACUGGAUCCUCAACAUGUUAGUUUGAAGUUUUUCAUCUUCUGUUAAAGAUUAAUUUUUAUGCUUGUUUACAUUAUUAACUUCUUUCUUUCACAAAAACAAAAACCUUGCGAAAAAACUUUAUGGGAGUACAUGAUCUCUGUAAGUAGCCCAUGUUAGUUUGAAAAACCGAUAAUAGGCCAUAUUUACCUGAACAAAUGGACAAUAUGGCUUUGUAGCAAAUGAAACCCAUGGUUAUGAAACAAAUUGGCCCUGUGCAGUGAUCUCCCCAGGAUUUUUCUCAAGUGGGUGCAAA